UUAAUACUUGACUUCAAGCAAUCGAAUUGAUGGCUUUUCUAAAUGCCUAAAUGUUAUUUACAAAGAUUUGAAAAUGAGGAGAUGAAAUUGGCAAGUUUGUUUUUCUUGCUGUGUGGUGUCCUAGUUGUUCUGUUACCUGCGGUAACUUCAGGGUACGCAAACUGCGCAGGCAACGGCUCUUGUGUGGGGAACAAAGGCGCAUGUUUGUCGCGGUCUAAACCAGGUUACAGCAAAUAUAACUGUGGAGACGUUGAGCCAGUGGUGUGGUCAGUGAUACAGAGUGAUCGGGAAAUGGAUGCGUUAAAUGUAAAGGCUGAUUCCAUCAACUCCGGGGUAGCCUUUGUCUACUCGGCCAUCGGCAUCAUCGUGUUAUUUUGUCUCUUCUACUUCAUCUGCUACCACAAGUGCAAACAAAGUAGGCUAAAGAAGUCCAUCUUGUACGCGGAAGCAGGUGUUAUUUGUCUGCUGGAAACAAGCCAAACCCUUAUAUUGACUUUAAGGAGAUGGACAUUAAAUAAAGGAGUAUUCCUGCUACUGUUUUGCUCAGUUGGCGCACGAACUGUUUUGGCCGAGGAUAAUGAGAUGUUAGCCGAAAUAAGUGACCUAAUAUGCGACUUUAGUCCAGCUGAUAUGUUAACCCGUGUAAAAGAUAUGCAGAAUAAAUUGCUGACAUUUUCCAUAAGUCACAUACAUAAUUUAGAAAAGGACUACGCGCGGCUAAAUGAAAAUUCGAUGGAAGCAACAGAGGUCGUCAUUGACUUCUACUAUCAGAAUUUGGACUCUGUUUGCGCUCGCCUUGCCUUUGUUGAGUAUGAAACACUUUUGGUCAAUAGACAUUAUAAUAUCACCAAAUGUUGGUCAGCUGAUGUAUUAGACUGUGUAAUGCAAGUGCUGACAGCCAUGAAAAAUGAAAUGCUGGCCAACUGUACAAGUCAAAUAAACACUUUGAAACGUAACAUUGAAUGGCAAAGUAAGAGUUUGAUGAAAGCAACAGAGGACGACAAUAAAGUCAGCUAUCAGUCUUCCAGUUUUGCUAUGCCUUUGGACUAA